AUGCAAAACUACGAGUUAGAAGACGCCAAACAACUAUACAAUGAUAUACACGAAUACUUGGAUUUCCUUUCUGAAAUGCUUUUGGAUGUCGCCGAUGAAAAUCCAGAAGACUUGCCUCCAAACGGACUACAAUUUCUCGAUGACUAUAAAUCCUACAUAACAUCUCCAAAGACGAUAACACAUAUACCAUCACGCUCGCGACAAUCAUUCUUCUGCAGACGAAAUCCAACACUAACGCUAACGAUAGACACCCACGCCACCGUCUCAAAAUUAGAAUACAUUAAAGCGUCACCGACUUUCACCGGCUUCGAGUCGGACGCUGAAGGGUUGAGUCCAACCGUGAAGAAACUGAGAAGCCAGCUGGGUCAAAAGAAGGAAGUGGAAUCUAAUAUAAAACAGGGUUUACUCGCAUGGUCAUUUUCAUUUUAUAACGAAAAGACAGAGCAACAAAAAAAGGAGGUCUACGAUACUACAGCAACUGAGAAGAAUACACAAGUUAUUAAGGAGGUCUACGAUACUACAACAACUGAGAAGAAUACCAAUAAUGAUAAUGAGAAACAAGGUCACGUUACAAGCAAUCAGGAGCAGAAGAGAUUUGGGUGGGGGGUCUUUGCAAAUAAUAUGUCCCCGCUAUCUUACUAUUAUUAUCGCAUCUCACGCUCUUAA